AAAAUGGCGGAUGAAGGUGUAUUCAACUGUUGCUUGAAGAUUAGAUCUUUAUUAAGAUGGGAAAAAACACCUUUGGUUGUUACUAAUUGAAAAUAUUACUGUUUUUUUUACGUAUUCAUUGGAGAAAUAACCAUGGAACUUAAUCUCCAAGUUAACAAAAUAGUUUUGGAAUAUUACACCAAGAUGACACAAGAAUAUGAUAAUGGGGAUAUCAAACCACCUGACGUCAUCCUUCCUCCAGUCCCUGAUAUACCUGAAGGCUGCACGAACCUCCCCUCCCCCCAUCAAUAUUUACUGCCAUCGGUCAUCCUCUGGGAUCCUUUACAGCAGCUUGAUUGCUUCAAAGAUGGAAUAAAAUGUCCAUUUGAGGUCCAUGGUGAUGAGGAAUAUUUACUGGAGCCCAGGAAAUCACGCAAAGGGGAGUUUUGGUGGCAUGCUGGAUUGCGGUCUUCACUUACUCCACGACAGCUCUGUAGCUCAAGCUGGCCUGCUGUUCUUUUGAGUAGGAUGUAUUUUUGUACGGGAAAGAUAAAUCACAGAAACUAUAUUGCACAUGAUCCAGAGAUCUUGUCAAAGAUCCCAGCGUCUGAGUCCCAUAAUAUCCCCUUCAUCUUACUCCACAGAACUGGCUUUACUAAGGAGCUUUCUGAAACAGUCUUGUCUCUAGUGAUGUCAGGCAUGGAUUUAGAAAAUGUGGAACAAGUGAUUUAUCAACAGCACAUUACAAAUUUCACCCAUUGCAAGGCAAAGUAUGAGGAAGAUGCGAAACUGUGUCUUGCAAAUGCCCAACUUCAAGAGAUGUCAACUACAUUUCCUGAUUAUAAACCUAUUGGGGUUCCUUCGAUGGAGAUGAUCCUAGCCUCCUUACUUGAUAACUUCCAAGAAAGAAAAAUUUAUUACAAUCAGAGGAUGAGUGAGCUCUCAGGAAAGGUUUUAUUAAUGGGUCAUUUUUAUAAGGCAAGCCAGCAAAUGGGUACCACAAGCACCAAUGGGAAUGGAUGGGUCCCAAAGUAUGAUUACAUUUAUACUGUCAUGAACGAACAUGGCCAAGUGAUUGCUUGGCAAGUAACUAAAGGGACAAACAGUGAAGAUGUGUCGACCUUGAUCAAGAAUGUCCACCAACGUCUUACUAACCAAGGUGUGAACAUUGACUUGAUUCUAACACCAGAUUGUUGCGAACAAAGAGAUUGGUUGACUUCUGUCUUUGGGCCCAGAGUGUUAGUAAAAAUGGACCCUUGCUUUGCCAUCCAAAAACUAGAAAGAAGAUUCAAGAUAAGAAAAGGAGACCAUGAUCAUGUGCAAACUUGUGUCCAAGACUUUCAUCUUGUCUUCCAAAGAGGAACAGACUUGGGCUGCGAGCGCAAAGAAGAUACACCAUCAUCAGGUGUAAUAGCUGAGAAAUUGGAUUCCUUUAUUUCUCAAUGGAAGAAUGUCAGGGGAGAAAGUAACGAGAGAUUGCUGCAUGAUCCUGCCUUACGAGAACUGGAGUCAUUAAAAAGCUGUGUCAGUAAUGGUUGCUUGACUCACAUUCCUCCACACUUAGGGGCAAAGUUUGUGAAUGAAUUGAGGAAGUAUCUUUAUCCUGUUCUCCACAGACGCUUCUUGAAUGCAGACUUAACUAUUCCAGUUCUUACUUCGUUAUUUUACUGUUGGAAUGAAAGGCAUGGUGAAGCCUUUGAAGGAGAAGCUAUUCCUAUUUCUUCAUACAAAGCUACUCUGGAUGCCAUUUCUUUCAUUCCUACAGGUGAACAAUUUGGUUGUGUUGAGAAUGACCUUGGCCUUGACGAAGCUCAGGAAAAUGAAAACUGUCAAUCACCACUGACCCAACACCUGACAUCAGUUCACUCAACCAUGUUUCAAAUUCUCUUUGCAACUGAUCAUGAUUGCAGCAGCAAUGCGGCCACACCUUUGACCGAGUCAAAUGUGCACAACCUUGACAUGGCUACUUUUAACAAAGUAACUGUGCAAAUAGAAAACUACACCCAUGUCUUACAAACUCUCAAGUCACUUUGCCCAGAUAACUUUCCAGUCAAUUUGUGGCAUCAUCAUCUACUUCCAUGUUGCACUUCACUAUUCAGCAGAUGCGACUGUCAACUUGAAGACAAGGCCACCCUUGACAACAAAAUGAAGACAAAUCUGGAAUCAUUUGGUGGGCGUUUGGUGAAUGAUGAGAGUGAUUCUGAUGGAUUUUUUAUUGCGUUGGCUUUGGGUAUUAAUGAAAUGAUAAAUUCUUUGGAGAAGGAAAACCCAACAGAAUUAGCUCAGCUAAAGGAAAAUCUAACUUCGGUUGGUUACAUUGUAGAUGAAUGCAGUGAUGAUUUAAACGAUGCAUGUGUUGCAGUCCUGCGCCAAAUCAUUUGUACAGAAUGGCAGAAGAACAAGGCCAAAUAUGCUAAGCUUUUGACGUCACCUUUGCUUAAUCUUGAAGUAGAAGCAGAUGUAUUCCAACACAAAGGAUACUAUCAAGCCGAGAUGGCCAACAUUUUGCCUAUUGCUGCUAUACAAGUAUUCAAGAUUCCUCUUGUUAUCUUCACUUCCAUGGAUAAAUUUCCUGUUCUGCCACUGGUGCCUGUAGACAAGCUAGUUACAUCCAAGUGUCUUUACAUGGCACAUUCUGCAGCAGGCUUUGGUAGCUACUACCCAGUAACAGUCACCCUUUCCAAGAAAUCCUCAGACAAGCCAAAACAUGUCUGCCGUUGUGGCCUUGGCAACUCAAAGAAUAAACAAGAGAGAAGCUUUUGUAUCCAUGUUCCAGGAAGGUACCUAACGAGGUGCGAGUGUUUCCGUAAUGGGGUGGCAUGUAACCAUUUGUGUCGCUGUUUUAACUGCGCUAAUCCACAAGGCACAUCUAAGGAGAGCAGGGCUUUGCAUGCCUGUCAGAAGACCAGACUACGUGGAAGACACAAGCUUCAACAAAUUAGAAGGCAUCCUUCUAGUUUAGAAGAUAGUGACAUGAAGACCUUGUGGAAUGAACAGGAAUGUCUUGCAUUUCAGUUUAUUGUCGAUGCCUUGAAAUUUUCAGACAAUCAUUCUUCCACAGAAGGCAACAACCCAGAAAGAAUCCUAGAAGAGUACCAGAACCUACAACAAUGCAGUGGUAACACCAAGUUCAUGAAGGAAAAAACACUUGAUGAAAUCAAAGUACACUUGAAAAUGUUUUCAAGAAACCUUGAUACAUUUCAAGCACUUCACAUGAAACAAAGUGAAGAAAACUGGGGUAAUGUGCAAGUCAGUUCUGUAGAUGUUGAAAUGUCUGGUGGAAACCAACUAGUUGUAAUAGUGGAAAGUUCAGAGUAAUUCAAAAGGAUGGGAGAAAAUUGGGGAUUAUUUUAGUAGCUCAGUGGCAAAACACCAGUUUUCAUUCGAUGCAUACUGGUGUUUUUGAAGACCACAGACUCAUUUGCACAGGCUUAGUCUAUUUAUAGGUAAGCUAUUCACAGAUACCAUUAAAAGUCUAUGGGAUUUCAAGACAUUGGUAUUGUUCAAGCUGCACCUUCUUUAUUUUACCGUUGACUUUUGCAAGUGAUGUGCUCCAAUUACUAGCCUGUGCAGAUGAGUCUUAAGUCACAGUGGUAUUUAUUGAAU